GGAGUGAGUGCUCAGAUUGGCGAAACAUACAUUGUUCGUGUUUCUUACCGUCAGCAGAGAAUGUUAGAGUUUCGCGUGUGUGAAAGAUAAUCGUAUGAACUGUCACACUGCAUCACCACCGAGUGUAAAACAGCAGCAUGUCCAGGAAGCAGUCUGGGAAGCCCAUCAAAGGGAACAGAAAGUAUGACCUAGAGAGGAAGAGGGAUGAGAGAGCGGCCCGUCGAGCUCUGGCUAAAGACAAGAAGAACAGGCCUCCAGGAGACGAUGGAGAGGAGUUUGUCAGCUUCUCCAAUCAGCUGCAGGCUCUGGGGCUCAAGCUGCGGGAGGUGCCUGGAGACGGGAACUGUUUGUUUCGGGCUCUUGGAGAUCAGCUGGAAGGUCAUUCGCGGGGUCAUCUGCAUCUGCGGCAGGAGACCGUACACUACAUGAGGACUCACAGGAACGACUUCGAGCCCUUCGUUGAAGAUGAUGUGCCUUUCGAGAAGCAUUUGACAAACCUCUCGCAGCAGGGCACGUUUGCUGGAAAUGACGCCAUCGUGGCCUUCGCUCGCAGCCAGCAGCUGAAAGUGGUUAUUCAUCAGCUGAACGCUCCUUUGUGGGAGAUUAAGGGUACAGAGAAGCCAUCAUGCCGAGAGCUACACAUCGCAUAUCGAUAUGGUGAUCAUUACGACAGCGUCCGCAAAACUGGAGACAAUUCAGAGAAUCCAGCACAUCUACGCAUAGAGAGUCUGAAUAAUUCCAGGCGGUUUGGCGAGGGUCAGAAGGAAAGGUCGAGAGGCGCAUCUCCGUCACGCUCUCUGUCUGAAGAUGAAGAGCUGAUCUUGAGUGUCCUCUGCGCUGACAGUCUGUCAGACAGUUUAUGUCAAUCAAGUGCCACAUCAGAAGCAAGCCACAGUGAUUGGCAAGAGCCUGAACUCAACAACCAAUCAUCACAGGGAGAUUCGGCUGCAGGAACACAGCCUUCAUGUCAAGGCCUGCAGGCUGAAUGUAGUGAAAACACGUCGCCAGCAGAGGGCGCCGUGUCACAUAAAACAAAGCUCUCUAAUAAACAAAGGAAAGAGCAGCAGCGGCUGGAGAAGAAGAAGCGUCAAGAGGAGAGACACAGACAGAAGGUUUUACAGAGCAGAGGGUCAGAACCAAAACACGAUCAGAAUCAAAACACAGCCGACACGGUCACCAUUGUGCCAGCGCUCAACACGCUGAGCAUCUGAACACACACCUAAACAAACCCGCAGACUCUCUCCUCUAACUCCACAGGAGCCGUAGCGUGUUUUUCUUUAGCAUGGACGCGAUGCCAGGAUCAAGUCACACAAUAAUCCUGCUUCAUUUCAGUCUAACCAUCUGCACUCCGCCAAAGAUCUCUGGGAAAGGGAACUAAAAUAUUCGAGAAGGGUUUAAUUAAUGAUGGACCACCACAGGGGGCUUUUUAUUAGUUCACGAAGCGUUCAGUGCUCUCCUUAGGAAAUAAUCAUGCUUUCACUUUUCACGUUCAGACGGCUGGGUAUCUUCGUGUUCGUUGAAAGUCUCCAAAUAAACCUUUCAAACGGG